AUGGCUCGACCCUCCCAGUGGAGGAGCAGUCUGCGCGCGGUACAAAAGUCUUCGGCGGUGACUUACAGAGCUCCUCGAGUAACAGGACCAAGGCUCGAAAGAGUCGCUGUCGUACAAAUCAGACGACAAUCGACGGCGUCGCCUGCCUCGUCCUCCCCCUCCUCCGUCUCGCCGUCGGAAGUCUCACACUUUUCUCGUCUAGCAUCGUCAUGGUGGGAUCCUCAUGGCCCUUCAAGGCUGUUACAUCUGAUGAACCCUCUUCGUCAUGACUUCAUCCAGUCCUGUCUCAAUUCCUCCUCUUCAGCCGUCUCCGCGGUAGCAAACCACUCCGGAUCAUAUUCGUACCUCGACGUGGGCUGCGGUGGGGGGAUCUUUGCCUCCUCCGCUGCCCGCCUCCCGUCAACUUCGACCGUGACCGCGAUUGACCCGACGGAGCUCGUGAUCCAAGUCGCCAAAUCUCAUCAACGAUCAGACCCAGCCCUCUCCGCCCCGAAACUGCGGUACUUGAACUGCGCGAUCGAAGACCUCCCCGUACCCUCAGCAGACCAAGAUAAAGUCGACGUCCUGACGCUGUUUGAAGUGCUCGAGCAUAUCGACUCUCCGUCGUCCUUCCUCGAACUUGCCAUCCCACACCUCAAGCCUGGCGGCUGGAUCAUUGGUUCCACCAUCUCCCGUUCGCUCACCGCAUUCUUGACAACCAAGCUCAUCGCCGAAGCACCUGUGGUCGGCGUGGUGCCCGCCGGCACACACGAUUGGAAUAAAUACAUUAACCCAUCGGAGCUGCGCCAGUACUUCGAGACCCGCGCCCCGGGCAGCUGGGGCGUGUUCCACACGCAAGGAGUCAUCUAUCUCCCCGUGUUGGGAUGGCAACUUGUCAACAACAGCGAGGAAUGGGGAAACUAUUUCUUCGGAAUUCAGAAAUUGGCUUGA